AUGACGAAAGGUCAUAGACAAACCGGCGCAUGGACGGAAGUCCGUAGGAAGAAACCUCCGGUUAACACCGGCAAGGAGACCACCUUCUAUGUAUCUAACAUACCCAAUGGAUCCAGGUUAGCCGAAAUAAGAGCCCCAUUCACCAAGUUUGGUCAGGUGGUAGAUGUAUUCAUCCCUCCCAAGAAGAAUCGCAAUGGCAAACACUUUGCUUUCAUCCGUUUCAAAAAGGUGAAAGAUGAAGUAACGCUGGAAAAUAGUCUACAAGGUAUCAAGUGCAAUGGGUACAGUCUCGAAGUAAACCUGGCCAAACACCCAAGAAACUCUGCAAAAGCAUCAACUAAUACAACCCAUAAAGUGGCCAUGCAACCCCAAUUCAAGACACAUGCUAAUACCACAGGUGGGUUCAGAGACCGGAGAUCUUUUGCCCAAGUUGCCUCUGCGACUGGGAUCCCCCUACCUCUCCUCCUCCUCCCCUGCCCCCAUCCCAAUCAAGGUCAAUACAGAAAUGAAUAG